AUGGUUUUUGACACAGUGGAUGUCAAGACAGUGGAUGUUAAGAAAGUGGAUGUCAAGACAGUGCAUGUCAAGACAUUGGAUGUCAAAACAGUGGAUGUCAAGACAGUGAAUGUCAAGACAGUGGAUGUCAAGACAGUGAAUGUCAAGACAGUGCAUGUCAAGACAGUGAAUGUCAAGACAGUGCAUGUCAAGACAGUGCAUGUCAAGACAGUGGAUGUCAAGACAGUGCAUGUCAAGACAGUGAAUGUCAAGACAGUGCAUGUCAACAUAGUGGAUGUCAAAACAGUGGAUGUCAAGACAGUGCAUGGCAAGACAGUGCAUGUCAAGACAGUGCAUGUCAAGCCAGUGGAUGUCAACAUAGUGGAUGUCAACACAGUGGAUGUCAACACAGUGGAUGUCAAGACAUCCACGUGUAUGGUUGUAUUCGGACUGUAG